UUCUACAUCAAUUACAACUUUCUGUACAUGUGUGUUAAUAGCGUGGAUGCACCGUUUAUUCAUAUACCCGGAAAUGGAAUCGUCUCCGGGACGUAUUUAAAAAUGUAUCGAACUCAAAAUAUUAAAGCGUAUCUUGGAAUUCGAUAUGCACACGCCGCAAGAUUCUCGCCACCCGACAUUGAAUUGCCGCCAUGGAAGGGCAUUUUUAAUGCAACAAAAUUUGCAGCUAACUGUUGGCAACAAGGUCCUUCGUCCAGCAACGUACAGUUGGAUAAAGUAUUAGAAAUCAUUUCAGGUGGAAUGUUUAACAAAUCGGCAAUGCGAAAAUAUGAGGAGAAUUGCUUACAUCUAAAUGUAUUUGUACCUGACGGGCUUCCCGAAGUUGAUGGAUAUGCCGUAAUUGUCUGGAUCCACUCUGGAAAUUUCUCGACAGGCAGCCCAUUUGAUAUUGAUCCAUUUCAAUUGGUUUUCAAACAGAAAGUUAUUGUGGUUACAUUCUCAUAUCGCUUAAACAUUUUUGGAUUCUUUUCAACGGAUGACGGUGAAGCUCAGGGUAAUUAUGGAUUAAUGGAUCAGUCGGCCGCACUCUACUGGGUGAAGAAAAAUAUCAACUAUUUUGGAGGUGACGAGAAUCGAAUUACAUUAAUGGGCCACGAUGCUGGAGCUGUUAGUGCCGCUCUACAUAUGACCUCUGGGGAAUGGUCGAAAGGCGCCUUUCACAAGGCAAUUCUGAUGUCUGGCAAUCCUUUAACUCCUAUUCGAUUGCCACAGGAAUUCAACAACGAUUUGGAUAGAAUAGCAAGUGUUUUUGGAUGUGCUCGAAGACCGACGUCAUUGCUCAUGCAAUGUCUGAAGAGAAUUGACGCACGAGUAUUGGCUGAGAAUCUACCAGCGUCAAUUGAAUGGGGUCCCAUUGUAGAUUUUGGAUUGAGUAAUACCUCUUAUCCAUUUAUUGAAAGCCAGCCCGAAAUGUUAUUUAAGAGUGGAAAUUAUCACAAAGUUCCAAUCAUUAUUGGCAUCACUGACAUGGAGGAAGUUCUGACAAUAUUUAAUGAUUACCUAUCAUUAGAAUUGAGUGCAGAUGAUCUUAAGAAUUUCUUCGCUGACAUCGCUGUAAAUGAUAUUCAUAAAAUUAGUGGUAACAAUGAAUGGUGUACAAAUUUCCCCAUCAUUUCUGAUGCCAUUGAUUUUAUGUAUACCGAUAAGGGUAGUGAAGAAAAUGGGAAUAUUAAUACAAAUUUAAUCAAUGCACAUACGGAAAAAUCAUAUAUAAUGCCAUUGGAAAUGUUUAUAGAUCUACUUAGCAAGCACCAGAGUAUUUAUAGCUAUAUAUUUAGGUAUCGAUCGCAAUCUCUAAGCGGUGAUUUACCCAAUUGGAUUGGAGUACCCAAAUAUUUUGAUCAGAUAUUUGUUUGGGGCAUACCAUAUGUAAAUAAUAUUGUCGAAUGGAAGUCGACGGAUAAAAAAAUGGCAGAUAUUGUUAUGACCUUAUGGGCAAAUUUUGCUAAAACAUCGAAUCCUACUAAGGCAAACGUGUAUGUUAAAUGGAGUGCUAUUACGCCACCCAAAUAUCCAUAUUUAUCGAUUGAUGAAAAUUUCAAUACCGAUUAUCUUUCCAACAAUCAAAAAGUGAAAUUUUGGAAAAACUUGUAUCCAAAAAUUCUACACUUUGCUACAGAAUGCUGCAAUUCUACGAAUUCAGCAACAAAAUAUUUAAUGACAUAUACAAUUUAUUUUACUCUCCAUAUAUAUAUAUUCUAAUGUAAUCCCAAUGAUCUUCCCUAUAUGCGUAGUUACAAGUUAGAGUUAAAUUUACAAACUAUGGGAAUUAACAAAAUGAAGGUUUUAUAAUACUU